GGGUUUAUUAUAGUUGCAUAUUAUAUGAUAGUUUUAAAGGAGCCAUGGCUCUGGGCUUGACAUGUUAUCAUAAACACGCUGCCUAUAAUCUGCACUUUUAUGAAAAUGUGUUAUGAACGAAAAAAAAAUGUAUUUUGGUCUCUGGGGGGGUGACAUGAUGCGCAAUACUUUUCCGCACAUGCAGCGUCCUGCAGCCCACUGUCACAGACAAGACACGCUGCUAAAACUACAGUGUGAUGAGAAUGUAGCAAAUACAUCUUUUUAGGGUGAAACGCUUGAUGGACUGCUGGAAAGCACCGCCCUCCCUCCCCUCCCGCCGCUCUGUGAUUGGAGGAGCGGCUCUGAGGGUGUGGCUUGUGAUGCCUCUGGUAUAUAUCGGCACCGCUUCGUCCCCCAGCCGUUGAUUUGUAUGGGAACCAGGGCUGAGGUGGGACAAGCCGACUGGAUGUAGUCGCUGUGGUUUUUUUAGAGAAAGAAACGAGGCCCACCUUUUCCCGUUUGCAGCGAUCGGACAGCAGCAGCACGUGGGUUGUUUUUUUAAUAUCAGACUGUCUGAGGAUACUGAAAGCAGUUUCCAGAAGAAGGUGGAUUCUCCUCUCAGCCAUCUUGACUGCUCGCCGCCCUGAAGGCUGUAUUCUCUCCUCCUCCUCCUCUUCCUCCUCCUCCUCCUCAGCUGAAAGUAAACACGGCUUGCACAUUGCUUGCAACUCCGUGCAGGAUCCCGAGAGAAGCGAGAUGGGCUCGCUGCGCAACGUCUAACCGGACCGGAGGCGAAAGCAGACGGCGGAGAGGAUUUAUCGGUACCAGAGCAGAAGAAGGGGGGGGGACACGACGCGCCGGAGGGAUGGACCUGUUUGGGGUUUACCUGCUCCUCUCGCUCGCUCUCCUGCCCCGAUCCAGCUGCACCACGGCCAAGGAGAUCACCUGCCAGGAGAUAGCCGUGCCCCUGUGUAAGGGGAUCGGCUACAACUACACCUACAUGCCCAACCAGUUCAACCACGACACGCAGGACGAGGCUGGACUGGAGGUGCACCAGUUCUGGCCUCUGGUGGAGAUCCAGUGUUCGCCGGACCUGAAGUUUUUCCUGUGCAGCAUGUACACCCCGAUCUGCCUGGAGGACUAUAAGAAACCUCUGCCGCCGUGCCGGAGCGUGUGUGAGAGAGCCCGGGCCGGCUGCGCGCCCCUCAUGAGGCAGUACGGCUUCCCCUGGCCAGACAGGAUGAAGUGCGACCUGCUGCCGAUGCAAGGCAACCCCGACACUCUGUGCAUGGACUACAACAGAACCGACUCCACCACCGUGUCCCCCGUCCUCUCCAAACCCACCAACAACCCCUCCAAGGGUUACAGCCCCCCUAAAAAUAAGCCGAGCCGACCCGGCGCGCCUGGGAAAUACAAGCUGCCCGCCUCCCCGUGUGAGCCGGGGUGCAAGUGUUUGGAGCCCAUGGUGCCGGUAAACACGGACCGUCACCCGCUCUACAACCGCGUCAAAACGGGACAGAUCACCAACUGUGCCAUGCCGUGCCACAACCCGUACUUUACGCACGACGAGAGAGCGUUCACCGCCUUUUGGAUAGGACUCUGGUCCGUGUUGUGCUUCGUGUCAACUUUCGCCACCGUCGCCACUUUCCUCAUCGACAUGGAGCGGUUCAAGUAUCCGGAGCGACCCAUCAUCUUCCUCUCGGCCUGUUACAUGUUCGUGUCCGUCGGCUACAUCGUCCGACUGAUCGCAGGGCACGAGAAAGUGGCGUGCAACCGGGAGUUCGAUCUGGAGCACAUCCACUACGAGACCACCGGCCCGGCGCUCUGCACCGUGGUCUUCCUCCUCAUCUACUUCUUCGGCAUGGCCAGCUCCAUCUGGUGGGUCAUCCUGUCUCUGACCUGGUUCCUCGCGGCCGGGAUGAAGUGGGGCAACGAGGCGAUCGCCAGCUACUCCCAGUACUUCCACCUGGCCGCCUGGCUCAUCCCCAGCAUGAAGUCCAUCGCGGUGCUGGCGCUGAGCUCCGUGGACGGGGACUCGGUGGCCGGCAUCUGCUACGUGGGGAACCAGAACCUGGACAACCUGCGGGGCUUCGUGCUGGCCCCUCUGGUGAUUUAUUUAUUCAUCGGCACCAUGUUCCUCCUGGCCGGGUUCGUGUCCCUGUUCCGGAUCCGCAGCGUCAUUAAGCAAGGCGGCACCAAGACGGACAAGCUGGAGAAGUUGAUGAUUCGGAUCGGGAUCUUCACGGUGCUCUACACGGUGCCGGCCACCAUCAUAGUCGCGUGCUACUUUUACGAGCAGCACAACCGGCAGAGCUGGGAGAUCACGCACAACUGCUCCAACUGCUUGCUGGAGCGGGACCGCAGCAGCCCGGACUACGCCGUUUUCAUGUUGAAGUACUUUAUGUGCCUUCUGGUGGGCAUCACGUCCGGGGUGUGGAUCUGGUCCGGGAAAACUUUGGACUCGUGGAGGACUUUUUGUACCCGGUGCUGCUGGGGCAGCAAGGGCACCAGCGGCUCCAUGUACAGCGACGUGAGCACCGGGCUGACGUGGAGGUCUGGCACGGCCAGCUCCGUGUCUUGCCCCAAGCAGAUGCCAUUAUCCCAGGUUUGAAUGACGGAUGGGGGGGGGGGGGGGUCAGCUUAUGAGGACUGCUAAUUGUUUGGGAGAUAACCCAUCACUCCCUGUCUUAAGCAAUUUGCAUAGUAAUGAACUGCUGCUGAGGUGACCCCCCACCCUUCCCUCUCUCUCAUUCCCCAAAACAUCCACACACCUCUGUGGGGAGAGCUGGCUGAAACAAUGUCCCUGGCAUUCACACAGGUUCGAUUCCUCCCUGUUUGUAUGGAUUAGAGGUGCACACAAACCUUUGGCACAACUCGCCAUAUAGAGAGACAGGUUCGCUCCUAAGUAGCUUCACACAAAGAGCAUCUGGGUCCUCAAUGCCAUUUUUUACCUACACAGUGCCAGUUAACAUUGUAUCAUCCAAUCACAUCAAAGAUGGUUUAAAUUAAGCCUUAAUAGUGCCCAAGUGUUGUUUUUUUACGGGUCGUUCAUUUUGUAAUUUUUUUAAAAUGUAUUUAUAUAAAAGUUCUGUAAGAAGAAAGAAAAACCAUGUACAUUUGUGUAUAAAAGAAAACUUUAUAAGCUAUUGUAAAUUUGUACAAAGUGUAGAUGUCUCUUUUUGUGAGAAAAGCAAAUAUGAGCUUUAUUUUGACAAUAAAACAUUUUUUUGAUAAAUCUCAACUUCCUGUGAACAUUUGCAGUGUUUCUUUCCCCCCAAUGUGCCAAGGAGGUUGUCAAGGCAGAUUGUUUUGUGGUGUGGUCACCGUGUUGACGACGGCGGCUUUCUGAGAGCCCCCUCGGCUAAAAAGGAAGCCCUUUUUAUAACCAUCAGAGACCGGUAAUUAGAGGCAGGGGUUGAGUUGGAGCAUCUCCAUAAUUGUUGAAGGCCUCUUCACAUGCCUGCCGAAGCCCGCUUUUUUCUUAAUUUAGCAAAAGAGGGAGUGGGUGAAUGGGGGUAUAAAUGCAGGGAAGGGACCCUUUUCAUCUGCAGAAACUUUGAUCUUUCUUUUUUAACAGACGAGAAUAAAGGUGGUGUGUAUUAGGAGUGUCUGUCUGAUGUGCCAAGGUUCCCCCUAAACGUCCCCAUUUGGAUGCUUUGAUGGACGUCCCUACAAUUCAAAGAGCAUUUUGGAACCCCCUUCGCUUUUCUGGGUUUGUCAGAGCUGAAACCUGCCAGAGCCCCUGCAUCUUGUGUUUAGUUUUUUUCUUCUUCUUCUUCUCUUUUUUUCGCAGGGCCUGAAUUGAAACAUCUUCUCCCUCGGCUCAAGCUGUGUCAGCGAGUGCAGGGGCCUUGACAUGAAUGAUAUUGAAAUAGCAAUGAAAGCCCCACAGGUGGUCUGUUCACAUGAUCUCACAUCUUAGGGCCCCCUAAUCGAGGCUUUUUUUUUGUCGCUACAAAUGUAUCUGGUUCGGUCCCAAUUAACCCAAUGCGCUGGCAUAAGAUGAUACACUGUAACCCAGCGAAGAAAUGCUUUUGAUUUGCAGGUCAAUGGUGACAGUGGGCUUUGUAGUGACUGCUUUGUUACUGCUUUAUUCCUUUACACUCAGACUGUAGACGUGCACCUCCAAAAGAAAAGAUUAUUUUUCAGACAUGCAUCUGUUGGGAGUGUAAAUCAGCCAUAUAAAUCUUGCAUCAGCGCUGUCAGCAAAAGACACCAGUAAAGAUGGAAGUCGUAACAAAACUUUUCUUAAGAUCAAAAAAGAGCGGCUUCUUGAGCAUUUCGCUUCCGUGUGGCUCAUCAAUAGUUCUGAGUGUUUGUGUAAAGUUUGUAUAGAUCAAGUUUGGGAGUUUAAAUCUUCAUUAAAAAAAAAAAAAGAAAUGUAAAUAUUGCACUGCUGUCUGUUUGGUAAAGAUCUAGCAGGCAGGUUCAGUCUCUGUAUCAUUUGCGGUUAUAGUUCCAUGAAAAAGUCACGGUAGCCUUCACUGCUGCAGCUUGUGUGUUUUUUCUGGUGUUUACCUCAAAAACCUCAGUGAGCGUGUGCAGCGACACUGAUGUGCAGCCCCACCAAGUGGUAGAAGCAGAACUGCACACCUGCACACGCCUCCUCGUUUAGCUCUUGAUUCUGAGUGUUUAGACGAGGUCUCGGCUCCCAAACUAACACAGAAGUAAGUGUGUGCUGAUAACUUUGAUGUUCCUAUACUCAUGUACUCACACACACACAACAAGGAAAAGUUCAUGACUUGAUGGAUUCAGAAAGAAAACAAUGAAAUGUUCUCAUGUUAGUGUGAUCCACACACAUGUUGGUGUGAUAAGUGGGAAGGACAGUGAGCAAGAAAAACAGAGAUGGCAACAUAAAAGCUGUUCUAAAUGUGUAAACUUCUAUAACUUUUAGAGAAAUGAUCGAUCAAAUAAUCAGUGACUAUUUUAAUAGAUUUAUCAUUUCAGCCAUUUGUCAAACAGAAAUAAUGGAAAAAAAGACACACAAUAAAACAUUCCCUUGUGUCAGUGUCUCAGAUAUGAGCACUGGCUUCUUUUAUUUAUCAUCAUAUUAAAGGAAGUGGGAUAUUUUGGGAGUUUUUAAAAACCAGACAUUUGAAAGUGUCGACUGGAGUUGGGAUGGAUAUUUUCUUUUCACUAUUUUUGACUUUCAUAGACGAAACCAUUCAAAACAGAAUCAAUUCAUCUUGUAUUUGAGUUACAUAAGAAUAAUUAAUUAUAGCGCCUCCAUAGAUGAGUAGCACUUAAAAUCAUGCAUUUAUGUCCAAAAUGGCAUUGAUGUCAUAACAGUGAGGGAAAUAUAUUAUCUAAGCUACUGGCUUGAUUCAGGGCUUUUUGUGUGGACAUAACCGUAUAGUCUGCUGAAGCCAGACCUGAACAAUCCCACUUAAACUUGACUGAAAGUUACAAUUCAAUUUAUUUAGUGUAGCCCAAAAUCACACAUUUGCCUCAGAGGGC